AUGAGCGAUGUGGACGAUGACAGUAUCAAGCAUGUUCUGCAUUCCUUGGAACGUCUCAUUGCCUUACACGUUAUCCUCCCCGGCCGGGCCAUCUUCAUUGAACGAUAUGCGAGAAAGUGGAAGGCUAUUAAUGAUGCACUUUUCUAUGAGAACCUGAAAGCAUUUUUGAACGACUUCCAAAAGACCGUGGUGUAUUCGAACAAUGCAAAGAUCCGAAUACAGAAGAGUAAGAUUGCUAUCAUCGAGAUAAGUCUGUUUCGAAAGGUUUUCGAUAUAGCUGCGCGAGCUAUCCCUUCCACUGACUUGCAAAAACGUCAGUCUGAGCAGCCCUGGCUCGAUGUGCUCUUUCUCAGCCUGGCCUAUACUAUAUGGGAAGACAUGCCACGAAUAUCAGUCUCUGGAGGGGACAACUUAUCCAAGGUACCAUACUCUGAUACGUCCAGUUAUCAAAAUGGCAUGGAAACAUUGGAACGCCUGGUCGAUAUUUGUCUAGCGCGAAAGAUUCGGCUCUCCUUACCAGUGGUCGGAUACACUAUCUCUGUCCUGCUCAUUCUGGCUGACCGGCCCCCUGCGUGGACUCUGCUGGCCAAGCUUGUCCAACUUGAUGUCAACGUUCUUAUCACAAACACAGGGCUGUCAACUUCUGCGGACAUCCUUGCUCAGGUCUGUGGUCGGAUCGAGGAUUCAACUGUCUCUAACGACGUGUACCCGAGAAUCUUGAGCGAUAUCAUCCUUCCCGUGAUGCGAGGCUAUGCAAAAUCCAGAAACAUUGAUGGUUUCAUUCAGGUCUGGCAGGAUGGGCUGCAGAGUGCGAUACGACAAAGAUAUUCAUCUCAGCACGAACCUUGGAACAGUCCAACCGUUCCAACCGCACUAGUAUGGGAUGAUGAUGACGUUUUCGAUGAAUUCAAGGCCUUGGUCGAGAUUUAUGCACCUCCUAGCCUGGGUCAAAAGUUACUGGUACAGGUUCUCCGGCCGCUUGAUGAUCUCAGCACGAAAGUUGGAUCGACCGCCGUUGAGAUCUCAAACUUAGCGAUAACUACUGCAUAUCUCGAGGCCCAAUCUGCCCAGUCGGGAUUACUACCUUUUCAAGACAAUCAGCAAAUGGCCCUUUUUCGAGCUGCGCUUUCGGGACUACAGCGGAAAUCUGACUUUCAAGCCCAGCGUUGGAGGUUAUGGAAAUUUAUUCGCGUUCUCCUUCAAAAUCAGCCUGCAGGAAAUGCUCUCGACAACCUGAAACAACUCUUACGAUCUGACAGAGGACUUGUGUCUCUGAAGACGUUAUCACUGGACACAGACAACGAUAGCUCACUUAAAAAAGCGGCAAAAUAUCUGGAAGUUUUAGAGUGUUUCUCAAUCCUAGUUGAAGUCGCCCAUUUCGCAGCUGGUUUUCUUCCUACCCUUCAUGAAGAAAUGAAGUAUUUGGCAAAUUUGGUAAGGGGUUGCGCUGACCCAGAAAACUCGUCUGCCCUCUACAUGGGUAGCACUCAGUGGGAUGGUCGCUGUCAUAGUUGUGCUGAUGUCCCAAAAUUGGUCACCGCCUGUGUUGGGAGAGUUCUAGAGAAGCCAAGCACACUCUCCUUAGAUGGUAAAACUUCUACCGAGCUAGUUUCGUCAGCCCUCAUUUUCCUUAGCCAGUCAUCGUCUGUCCGGGCUGAGCAACCCCUGUCUCUGAACGCUUUGCUGGGAGUACUUCUGAACAUGGAAGAGGUUUUGAACAGCCCAACCCUCAGAGAUUUGAUCUCUGCACAUCUCAUCGGCAGCCACUCUUCGGCCGCCAACAUCAAUGCCAGCAGUCACUUCCUGCUUCGUGAUUAUCCGACUCAGACGCUUAAAAAGUCGCAAGUCAAGCGUCUAGCAUCUUCCAUGCUUGACGCAUUGAGCGAUGGUGAUACCGUUGUAGGGAGCAAUGAUAUCAACAACCAACUUGCCACCAUCCUGCAUCUGGACACACAUUCACAUGGUUCAGUGAUCGAUGCCCAGGACUGGCCCCGAUGGGUGAGAGCGUCCGAAAAAGCUCAGAGGCCACCAAAAGUCAUAUCAUCGUCAAUUGUUGUAACAACAAAUAUCUACCUGAAAAUUCUCAGGAGACUAUGGUGUCAGGUUUUCACCCUCCAAAAUUCACCCAUCCUAUCACAGAUAUGUUCAUGGGCCACGGACUCGAUCAAGAGCUGCGAGCAACUCCCAUACUUCAAGUCCCCUUACUUGAGCCUUCAAACUUUCUUUGCACAAGCAUUCAAGUCGCAGGACAUCUUAGGAAGUCAUCUCUCGGAAAAGAAAGUUCGGAAGCUUCGGGUAAAGUUCAUGCAGAUGCUGAAAGCUGGUCUGCAGGACAUUUUGCCUAACUUGUGCGAUGGAAGUCUCGUAGAAGUGAGGCUCAUCCUACAUGCACUGCUCGAUGUGCAUGACCCCAUUAGGGAUCGAGAACUUUUGUUUGGGAUGCCAGGCAUUCAGGAGAUGAUCAUCGGAAAACAACACGAUGUUAGGCUUCACAAAAGUACUCUACUUGCCAGGUUUGAGCUUUCCAUUCAAAGUGCUUAUCGGGAGAUCUCCUCGUCACUCACAGUCGAACUUGACAACGCAGAAGUCAAAACUAUGCUAGAAGCGAUAGCAUCUGCAGCUGGAACCAUCGAAAAUUGCUCUACGGAUUAUAUUGGUGUGUUCGCUACGCUACUCAACCACACCAUUCGGAAACUUGGUCCAAAGACAAAGGGAAUGGUUCUCGAGUAUUUCCGAAGCGAGAGCUCGCAUAGACUAUCACCAAUGUUAGGCCCGAUUGCGAUUGCUGUUGUGACCAGUCAGCUUGACAGCCCUGAAAUGAUGCAGCAUCCGGUGCUCGCUAAAGAGGUCGGCGCAAUCGCGCGCUCUUUCUCGAAUCGAUGCAGCCUUUUCAAGGCUAGCAUACUUUUAUCACUGGACAAUUGCAAGUAUGUUCUUGAAUUCCGUCCUACAGUAGUGAAUCAGUCAACUUUGGAUGGCGUUCUUGCCGCCGUUUGUGCAUUAACCUCGUCAUCUAACGAGUCCUUUCCGGAAGAAAAUAAUGCAAUGUCGCCAGAUGCCUCAGCAAUUUAUGCACGAAUCUGCGAGGUUGUAGGUGUUGUCCUUGGGAGACACCGUCGUCGAAUCUCGGAUCGCUAUCACUUACUGGUGCCAGCGAUGUCUAAUCUUCUACGCUGUCUGUUUUGGCCUGGCACCAGUACUUUGCAUGGUUUAUCUGGCAGGGAUGCAGCACACACUAUCAACACCUUUGGAAAGUCCCUUCCCGGCUGGCUAACAUCAUCUGAAGAGGCUCUGUCACCCACUUCUGCAGAGCAGCUGGGAAGAUUACUGUCCUCAAUCUGCAACCCCACGGUCUCAGCAGCCCGGACAUCUCGAAAACGUAAGCACAAUGAGCUCAAUGACGAGACCAAGAUAGCACGUCAGCUAGCGGGGCAACAUUUGAUUUACCUGGUCACGGAAUACGCGAGGUGCAGCCUUGACGGCCAGAUUGACCCCUCUGUUAAAGAGAGCUUGCUGCCAGGUUUGUAUUCCGUCAUGGAUGCAAUCGAUAGGGACUUGAUGAGCGCACUGAACGCGAGCAUGGACGUCAGUAGUCGAGCUAUUUUCAAGACGUUGUAUGAUAACUGGAUGGCACACGGGAGAUGGGAUAAGAGUUGA